AUGGCUCAGCCAGGAGUUCAGUCGCUGAAGUGUGUGGUGACGGGUGACGGUGCCGUCGGAAAGACAUGUUUGCUCAUUUCCUACACAACGAACGCCUUCCCCGGCGAGUACAUCCCCACUGUCUUCGACAACUACUCUGCGAGUGUCAUGGUCGAUGGAAAGCCAAUUAGCUUGGGACUGUGGGAUACUGCCGGUCAGGAGGAUUACGACAGACUGCGCCCGCUCUCCUACCCCCAGACCGACGUUUUCCUCAUCUGCUUCUCCAUCGUCAGCCCGCCAUCAUUUGACAACGUCAAGGCCAAGUGGUACCCCGAGAUCGACCAUCACGCGCCCAACAUCCCCAUCAUCCUCGUCGGCACCAAGCUGGAUCUGAGAGAAGACCCCAACACCCUCGAGUCUCUUCGCCAGAAGCGCAUGGAGCCAGUGUCGUACGAUCAAGCUCUGAUCUGCGCCAAGGAAAUCAAGGCACACAAGUACCUGGAGUGCUCUGCCCUGACGCAGAGAAAUCUCAAGAGUGUUUUCGACGAGGCUAUCCGUGCUGUCCUCAACCCCAGGCCUGUUCCUCAGCAGAAGAAGAAGUCCAAGUGCACGAUUUUGUGA